UGUUGUUGUUGCCGAGUUUACCUUGCGGCAUCAGUUUCUUCUUAAACCAACUUCAUAUUCGCCAGUUGCUUCAGUUUUAUACCAAACUCCGUACGGAGAAGUCGAGGAAGCGAAUUCGGAGUGUUCGAUAGUGGGACGUACUAGCCGGGCCGUGGUUUCUGAAAGAGAAAAAAUUUACGUAUUCCAGCACGUGCAACAUUAGUUGACAGCUUGUUGGCCAAUUACGUAGGUUCGCGCUUCGAGCUCACAUUGGGUGCCGGUUUCUGAAUUCAGAGCAUCUUUCGUUGGAAUUGUGCGAUUUGUUUGGGGAUUGGAGUUUAUCUUUGCCGGUCGGCAGUGGAUUUUGGAUCUAUGAAAGUAGCAUUUCUCCCCAAUAUUUGUGUUCGGUAAAAAUUCCAAGAAGUAACAAAACCAGAAUUUCCCAAUGCGUGUUCAAAUAAUCGAAAUUUGAUAUUACCCGUUUUGUUCAGUGAUUUUUGAUUCGUUAUUAUACAGUAAUUGUUCAGUUUGCUAAAAUCACGUAGAAGAUAAGAAUCAGCCAUGGUGAACUCAAGUGUCCUGUUUAUUGUGUUAGCAACAUUUUGCGGAUUUGUCAGAGCACAAAAUGUUGAUAUGCGGGAACUGAAGGCGUGCAAAAGAGCCUGCUAUGAUCAGUUUUUCGCGGAAACGAAUGGAUGUCGAAAAGAUACGCUAUGUCGAGAGAUGGAGUUUCGACCACCAAAUAUUGAUAAUUAUAUCCCAGAAGCGUUCAGUUUUCUGUGCUACGAUGGGUGCAACGAAAAAUUUGGUCCGUUCCCGGUCCUUAUCAAAUCCAUGGAGCGUAGGGAAAAUCUGGUAAUGACCAAUAUUACCUGGGAUGCAGAUAUAACCACCAAAUCAAAGCAGUGUCUGGUAACUUGGGAGGUCUAUGGUGGUGGUCUGAUGGGGAACUUACUAACCGACUGUUGCCUCGUCGAAUUAUCCCUUUGGCCAGACACUCGUUACAACGUCCAUGUCACGUGUAAAACUAAGACAAAUGGCAAGAUGCGAAGAUCGCGCGACUUGUUUAUUGACACCACAGGUGCAACACCUGUGCCCACCACAUCUUCCACCACCACCGACAAUAACUUCAUCUUAGAGCAAACAUCAAAGUCCGAAACUCACCACCUCACCCAGAAGGAAGAAACCAUCGUAGGAACAGCAAUAUCAAUUAUGUUAUUCAUAGCAAUUGCAGCAAUUUUUGUGAUCUACCGAAGUCGCCGGACGCCAAAAACAAUCGAAAAGGAGAUCCUGAUAUACAAAGAUUUAGGCAUAGUUUCACCUACCACAUUGCACGUGUAAAAACGAUGUCAUGUCUGUGCGCCUGUGAGAACCAAGUGAUCGUGUAAAUAUUUAGCAGUACGGUGUAUAUUUGUAAAUAUUUCGGCUGAAUGAGAACACUGAGCAUUACCGCAAAAUACAUGUGAAAAUCAAGGAUUUUCUGUAAAUGUUUAUCGGGUCUGUCCAAAAACACAAAGUCGACCAAUUUGUAGCGGCGUGUAAUAGAUUUGUUUGAAGAUACAUAUUAAGAAAGCAACUAGCGGAAGUAGAUUUGUUUCUAGUCUGGCCUUACAAAUGGUUAAUAAGUACGCGUUCAUAAUAACACAUGUCGUAGGUUGCUCUUCCACCAUUAUUUCAAGCAAGUUGGAAGCAUCUUCCUCAGAACCCAUCUGCAGAACUCAGUCACGACCCUCGUUACUGAUUCUCUACUCCAACGGGAAGUGGAAUUGUAAAUAGAUACAUUAAUGUGCAUGUAAAUAAUCUAAUCAAUAAAAUUUACUCUAAUUAGAAAACAUAAAAAUGUGUCCAAAAAUUCAAAUUUCUAGAAUAAAUCUCUCCGUGUGAUUUUAUCGAUUAUUAUUUAUUUAUAAAGGUACUACCUACGCAGCAUGUAAUUCUUGUAAUCAAAGUUCGGUUAAAAUAGCUUUCAAUUUAUUUUAACGCAAAUCAAUUCAUUUAAAUAUUUUCCGAACACGAACUCAACAAAGAAAAGAUAUUUUGUGCAUCGAACGUGGGAUAUGCCAAUCAGUGGAGAAUUCCCACAACCAAGCAAGUAAUUAACGUUAUAAUUCAAAUUUCCAAUCGAACACAAAAUGUGAAGACUGAUUAAAUCGAAAAUAUCGACAUUUAUUUGUUUGAUUUCGUUCCCCUGUAAAUGUACAUUUAGGGAAAAUAUAAUGAAAAAAAGUUAAAUGUAAUUUUUAGGAAUUUUAAUAGAUUACAACAAAUUCUAUGCUUAAGGAUUAAUUAAAAACAAUUAACUGUAUUAGUUAUUACGAAGGAGAAUAUGAAAAGAAAGUUUAGAAAUUUAAUUUGAGCAAAAAAUUGAAAAUACAUAAUUAAAA